AUGCUUUUGGUUGUUAUGCAACAACAACAAUCCCACCAAUUAAUUUUAACUAAAACCCCUCCUUCAUUUAUUCGUCCAUUUAUUUUUUCGUUUAUAUUUAUUUUUACAAGUAUUAUUUGGUGUUCUUUACAAAUAUUACAAAUAGAACAACAAAAAGGAUUAAAUAUUACUAAUGUUAAUUUAAUUGAAGAAGGAGAAAAUAAUUUCUAUCCAACAGCAAUUAAAAUAUUUUUGUAUUCAAUAUUUAUUUUAUUAACUUCAUUUUUGUGUGCAUAUAUUGGGGCUAUUUCUUUCGGAAUUUUUCAUAUUUCAUUUAAAACAGUCCUUUCACAUUGGGAAAUUUUUAAAAAAGAAUUGUUUAUGCCAGCAAUUGAAAAUGGACAAAUUAGUGUAAAUUUAACAGUAAAACCCUCAUUAUAA